AUGGAACACUCGUCCCCGCUGGCUGCUAUGCAGCCUACUCCUGUUCUCUUCGGACGUUGCUUCAGACCGGAACCUCCUACCUCGUAUCCGUUGUCUGGAUUUGGUGGUAAUGGCUUCAACUUUAAGGAUUUGUCAAUGAAGAAGUCCGGGCCCGAUUACUUCAACAUGGGCCCGUUGGGUGGCUCGUCGCCGGCCGCUAGCUUGGCCGCUGACCUUUCACAGAACUUCCACAUUGAUCAAAGCCCGCAGUUGGUAACUCCGCGACGGUCUUUGUUCUCAUCGAACUGCCUUGCUCAGGCGGGACGCGAUGAUGUGAUGACUACCCCGCCACUCCCUUCUUCUCCUGCCGGUCCUGGUAUGGAUAUCAUGGAAAUGAGCCCUCUCCCACACAAGCCCGCUUUCCUAGUAACUACAGAGAUUGAAGUGCACUCACCAUCACCCCUGAACACUCCUUUGGAUUCUCCUGUUUUCUCUGCUGCCCCUAGUCCGCUCCAGGCCUCUCCAAUGGAAGCGCCUACGUGUGCUCCAUCAGAGUAUGUGGGAUAUAUCCUUGCUCCACGCGAGAAGCAGGCUAAUGAAUGGAAUAGGAGACGUCGUCCUCCCCUUCUCCGACCCAGCUUGGCCAGAAGCAAGGCUGCUUCCUUCCAGCUUGGAAUGAAAGGCUCCGGCAACGAGAACAAGCCUCAGCCAUUCCGUUUCAGCAGCCAAGUUGCUAAGACUUCCUUAAGUACAUCUACAUCCCUGGAGGAUAUGUUUGGCGACUCUCCACCACAAGAGAGAUCUAUUUCACGUAACAGCUCCUCGAGCAACUUGGCUCCUCCGCGUCUGCGGCCGCCAUUCCACCACGCCCGUAGCAGUGGCUCGCCCGCUCCCAACUCUAUUCGCAAGCCUUCUCAUCCCUUGAUGCGUCCUCGCAAACAAUGUCGACGAUCAUUGAGCAUGUUUGAGAACCCGGCGGAUGUUAUUGCCGAAAAAGAGGCCAAGGUAUCUUCAAAUGCACCCCUACAGUCCAUCAGUGACAUCGAAAAACCGCCCCAGCCCCAGCUGCCUCACUUCACACCUGAGGAUAGAGCGGACGGUCUACCUCGCAUCGUCAAAAACACCCUCCUGGAUCUCCUCGAUGGAAAGUUCAGUGAUCGUUUUGACAACAUCAUGAUUGUUGAUUGUCGUUUCGAAUACGAGUAUGAAGGCGGCCACAUCAAUGGUGCCGUCAACUAUAAUGACAAGGAUAAGCUCGCUGGUCAGCUUUUCAACGCUCCCAACUCCCGCACAGCGUUGAUUCUGCACUGCGAAUACUCAGCCCACCGCGCCCCUAUCAUGGCCAAGUACAUUCGCCACCAUGAUCGUGCUGUCAAUGUUGAUAGUUACCCACACUUGACAUAUCCAGACAUGUACAUCUUGGAUGGUGGAUACAGCGCCUUCUACGCUGAGCACCGAUCUCUCUGCUACCCGCAGAACUACGUUGAGAUGAGUGCGAAGGAACACGAGUUUGCCUGUGAGCGUGGUCUUGGUAAGGUCAAGCAGCGCUCCAAGCUGAACCGCGCCCAGACAUUCGCUUUUGGUCAGCACUCGUCGCCUGGAAUGGAAGACAGCCCCACAGGGCGCUGCCGAUUUGAUGAUGAUCGGGCUAGUCUUUUGAUGAGCUCUCCAUUCGCCGACAGUCCUGUGCCCAAUCGCACUCCCGGUCGUCGUAUGCUCUCAUAUUAA